AUGUCCUCGAGCUCGUCGGUACUAGAUGUGCCGUUUAUAGAAGUCAUUUGCAGCCAUCCCGCCCGCGAGGUGCUGUGCGCCGAGUGCCCUGCACUGCUGCUGCUCAUCUACGAGCAUGUCGUAGCAGAGCUGCAGGCAGGGCGACGCGCCGUGGACGUGUUCCGUGGCACCUCUCGACAGGACCACUUGAGUGAGUUGCUGGCGAUGUCCUCCUUCUCGGAGCUGUUUCAACGCCUUUAUCCGCCGUCUCAGUCUUGCGGCGCCGAUGACGGUGCUGCGAGCACGUAUUUCUGGAGGCAGGUGCGAGUGACCUUGGAGGCCGCGUGGUCGCAGCCGUGCGACGCAAAGGCGCGUGCUCUUCUCACCCAGGUGCACGGUCAGCCGCGGUUCCACUUUUGCGGGCCGCGCGACGCCGUAGUGCCCGGGGAGGGUUAUCCACUGCAUCCCGUCUCGCUGGAGCGGGCCUUGGCAACGAGCAAGCGCUUCCUCCGCACGGCCACAACCUGUGCGCUGGACGGGUCAGCGGAUGCCCUGGGCGGGCGGCAACCGGAGCUGUGCGCGGUGCUGCAGUUAGCCCGGCUGGUGCCGCACGUUCCGCUGACGGGAGUAGCCCCGAAGAAAGAGGUUACCCCGGAGGGGAUAAGCUUCUGUAUGGUGUCGUUGCAGCAGCGGUGGUGGGUGCUGGUGAACGCGGCGCUGGAGCGCGUUCUGCUGCUUACGCGCGCUUCCGUGAAUAGUAGCAGUAACACUAGCGGAAGCAGCAGGGUCACAAAGCCGCUACUGUGGCAGCUGCUGGCGGUGCUGUCUGUGCUAGACACGGCGCACUACAUCUUCGCCUUCCCAGAGAGGCAGCAGGAUUUUGCGGCUCAUCUUCUUCUCGCACGACUAGCCGAGGUCGGGCUAGUGUACCCCGUGCUCAGGGACGACCGCAGGUGCUUUGUCGUGAGUCCCGAUUUCCUGCACGCUAUUCACUGGCACGCAAAUGCGCCGCUUUCCUUUACCUUUAAUCACUAUCUUGUGCGCAGCGGCAGCGGCUUUAAUGACUCGAGGGUAAGUGCAAUACGUCGCGAGGACACCGACACAAUCAUAACCGAAACGAACUUCCGCCUGUAUGCCUACACCGAGGACUCCGAUCUACUUAACAUUUUGCACCAGUUCGCUGAGUUGGAGGAGGUGGUAAACGGGAAUCUCCACUGCUACCGCGUGACGCGGGACAGUUUCGCUGCCGCUAUGCGCAAGGGCAUCACCGCCACACAAGUGCUACGCUUUCUUUCGCUGCGAGCACACCCCAGCAUGUUGCGCCGGUACGGAGAGAAGGAGGAGAACGGCGAUACAAAGUCGCCGUCGCCCGCUGGCGGUGCCCCGUCUUCGACUUUUUCAGCGCCGCCUCGUCGCGCGGCCGUGGCGGGCACGCGCGGAAGCACCACGUUCAUUGAUGCGGUGACGACGCUGGUCGUUCCGCACUCGUUCUGUGACCAAUUGCGCAUGUGGGAGCGUGAGUGUCGCCGAGUAGUGUUUGAGCAUCACGUUGUUCUGUUACGCAACGUGUCGACUGAGCAGCAGAAGGCGGUGACAGCGUAUUUGGCGGAUGCGGGAGAGGUCGAUGCCGUUGUCCACACGGAGCGCGGCUACAUGGUGAUUCGGGAGGAAGUCUUCGAUCGUCUUAUCGCACCACUUUUGGAGUGA